CGUGGAUAUCUCGAGCCAGUGCAUAUGGGACCGCCGAUCUUGCAGGGGCACGUACCAUCGCAAGCCAUGCGCCGUCUGCCGAGCCGCCGGGGCAGCAGUAACGCAGCGUGGGUACCCGAAAACGACGACGACACGGCAACGACGCGGUCGUCGUACCCAGCGCCCCACAUCGUCGAGUCCACGGACGAGCCGAGCGCCGUGUCGCCUGCCUCCAUCGUCACCCUUCUACACGCUGCAUACACGCAUCCGAUGGAGCAUCUCGGCGUUGUCUGCGUGCUGUGUCUAUGCGUUGUGGGCUUUGUCAUGUCGACCAAGGCGCAGUCGGUGGCGCCCGUCGCGUCCGACGCGGGUCUCGCCGAUCUCCAGCAGCACUCCGUGCUGUCGCUCCUCGUGCACGAAGUGCAGUCGCUACGCACCGAGGUCGGGCACCUCCGGUCGCUUCUCCUCGAGCGCCGCCACGAGCCGUAGAUGCACAGUAUGUACUAGGGCGUAAUAUUUUUACAACGUCGCGUCUACUAGGACGGACUCAAACAGGA